CAGAAAAACAGAGCCCCAACUGACAAUCAUUCAUCACGCACGACGGCCGCACCUCCAUCAACCAAAACAUGGACCGAAAUCCAAAGCCCACCAGCAUCCUUGAAUCUCUGGGCGAAGAAAUUAUCAGAAUCGUCGCUCCAGUUUCCAUUUGCAUGUUGUUAGUAGUCCUUCUGGUCACUGUCCUCGAUGCCAACUCUUCUUCUGAUUCGUCCUCCUUGACAACAAUAGCCACCAUAGCCUACAACGAGGACACCUCGGAUUCGAUAUGGGAUAAACUCAAAGGUGCCCUCUUGAAUUCUCUGGUAUUUGUAGCCGUUGUCACCGUGGUUACAUUCGUUUUGGUCCUACUUUUCUACCUUAGAUGCACAAGGUUUCUCAAACUGUACAUGGGUUUCUCUGCUUUUGUUGUUUUGGGCUUUAUGGGAGGUGAAAUUGCACUCUUCUUGAUCAGGGAUUUCAGUUUCCCUAUCGAUUGUAUCACGUUUCUGCUGGUUUUGUUCAAUUUCACUGUUGUUGGGGUGAUGGCUGUGUUCAUGUCCAAGAUGGCAAUUUUGGUCACACAAGGGUACUUGGUGGUUAUUGCGAUAUUGGUUGCUUACUGGUUUACACUUUUGCCUGAAUGGACCACUUGGGUACUAUUGGUUGCCAUGGCUCUGUACGAUCUUGCUGCGGUUCUGUUGCCUGGUGGGCCUCUGAGGCUCUUGGUCGAGCUUGCAAUGUCGAGAGACGAGGACAUCCCUGCUUUGGUCUAUGAGGCCAGGCCUGUCACUAAUCAUGACUCAAGCCCGAGGCCGGUCAUGGUAGAGAGGAGGGUGUGGAAAGAAAGGAUGAGUCUUGCUUCUGGUAUGGGUGUGAGUUCAACUUCCGGGUCCAAUUCUGAUUUCAACACAAAUUCGGUUUUUGAUUCAAAUUCAAUGUCUGCGACCCUUUCAUCUGCUACCAAUGGCCAAAACGAGACGAGGUUGGUUAUUACCGGAGACCACCUACUCUCAGAAGGAGCUUCUCAGCUAUCGGCACCUUUGAUUAGUCGGCCGUUACAAAGAACCAAUUCUACAAGAGUUGGGCAGGAAGAGGUUUCAACCGAAAAUUUUCACCUUGAAGGAAUUGGGUUAGGUUCAUCUGGUGCUAUCAAACUGGGGCUGGGCGAUUUUAUCUUUUACAGUGUUUUAGUUGGUAGAGCAGCAAUGUAUGAUUUCAUGACAGUUUAUGCUUGUUAUCUGGCUAUCAUAGCUGGUCUAGGUAUCACUCUAAUGCUUCUAGCGUUUCAUCAGAAAGCCUUGCCAGCUCUUCCUGUAUCAGUAUUAUUAGGUGUGCUGUUUUAUUUCUUGACACGGUUCUUGUUAGAAGUUUUUGUUGUACAAUGUUCACUCCAUCUCUUGAUGUUCUAGAAUGGAAACAUAUUUUCAUUUUCUGUAUGGAAAUUCUUUUGCUUGCUAAAUGAUGUUCACAGACAGAUAUUUGUACCGUAUUUACUUUUGGUUCAUCA